AUGUCAAGUCGAAGACUUUCAACACGUACUCAGAGUCAUUGUCAAUACUCAAAUGGCAAGACACGUAUUAAGGCCAAGCGUCGAUACUUACUUAAAGUUACGCCCAUUGAGGCCUGGGACUUAUUACCAGCUGAAUCUGGACGUGGUCGGAAUUCUUACUGUACUUUAGUGCUACUGGAUGAGAAUAAACGGGAGAUUAAAGGCGAGAAACAACGCACGCCUCAUAUGCGGCAUUUAAAUCCCGUCUGGAGUCCAUUAAAAGCCGCUGUCUUGCGCUCAUUAGAGAGCAAUGUCGAGUCCCAUCAACCUCUUGGAAUUGGGGCAGCUGCUGCAUCCGAAGAAUAUACUUUUGGUAUUCAGACGGACCUUGUGAAUGCUAAAUAUGUGCUGGUUAAGUGCAAAGAUAAAGGACGAGUGGAAAACGAAGAUCUGGGACGACUUUUACUCAGUCUAGAAGACAUGAACACUAGUGGGGAAGAACGAGUCGCCUGGUACGAUUUACAAUUACGUCCAGGUGGAAAAAUGAAACGGAUUCAAGGCAAAGUACGAAUUUCCAGUCGUAUUGUGAGAGAACCAAGUUUAUGGCAAUUGUGGACUUGUGCGGAACAGAUGAGACAGGAGAUACCAAGUCGAGAUCGGAGUUUGUACUUGAAACCACAUCCAACUGUUGUUACGGGUAAAGAGGUAUUGGAAUGGAUGCUUUGUCAUGGACUUAAUCGUCCAAUGCAAGGAGGUGUGACGUGUUCGACUGCUGAAGAAGCAUUGUUACUUGGUACAGCACUUCUUCGCAAUGGCAUGAUGAUGCACGUUUCAGGAGAUCGGAGAUUUACAAAUAGUACGUGGAAGUACUAUCGAUUUAUGGUAAACCAUUUGGAUUCAGCCACGCAGAAAGAUGCUGUUCGACAGCGUGAUAUGAUCUUUUCAGGCGAAGCAGAAGAAGUGGAAGAUAUGGAGAAAGAAGUGCUUACUCGCUCGAUGAUGGCAAUGUCGGUGAGCAAUGAAGAGGAGGUUGGAUUAGGCGCGUCCCAGGUGCAAAGUGGUGUUGCUGGAGCAUCGAGCACCACGCCGUCAGCACCUGCUCCAGAAUCGGAUCGAGGCAAAUCCAAGUCGACGAUUAAGAUUGAAGAUUUUGAGCUGCUUAAGGUUCUGGGCACUGGAACAUACGGUCGCGUGUUGUCUGCCCGUGGCCCCGAUGGAAAAGUCUACGCCAUUAAGAUUAUCACGAAGAUUGGAAUGGACGACAACAUGCGUCGCAACGCAAAGAUUGAGCGUGACAUGCUGCGCGAAGUGCGCCAUCCGUUUGUUGCGUCGCUGCUAUUUGCUUUCCAGAAUGAAGAUAAGGUGUACAUGGGGAUGGAGUUUUAUAAUGGUGGUGAUCUACGCCAUCAUUUGACGAUGAAUCAGAAUGACGAGCUAAAGCUGACGCCUGCACGCAUUAAGUUUUACGCUGCAGAGUUGGUAGCGGGUCUAGCACACCUGCACAGUCUAGACAUCAUUUACCGUGACCUCAAGCCAGAAAACAUUCUUGUUCAAAAGGAUGGUCACAUCGUCCUCGUGGACUUUGGCCUCUCGACAUAUGCGAGGGACGAGGGUGACAAGAAGGCUCAUUCACUUGCCGGUUCGCCGGAAUACAUAUCGCCCGAGGUUCUCGUUGCUGCGAAUCCUAAGAAGGGCGAAGCUCCUGCAACUUACGACAUGACUUGCGAUUGGUGGAGCUUGGGUAUUCUCAUCUUUGAAAUGUACAUUGGACGCACGCCAUUCAAGGACGACAAUAAGGCCAUCAUGUACCGCAACAUUGCUGAGGGUUUCCUAUACAUUCCACCCGAACUGCCCGAAGAUGUACAGUCAUUGCUUGCCGGUUUGAUUGAACGUGAUCCAUCGAAGCGACUAGGAGCGAAUGAAGCCGUGCCAUUUUCUAUUAUGAAGCAUCCUUUUUUCGAAGGUAUCGAUUGGGAGGCUCUACAGCAGAAGAAAAUGCAGCCGGAAUGGGUGCCGGACGUGAUCGACGAUGCCGAUGCCAAGUAUGUGGACAAUGAGUUCAUUAACCAGGUACCGGUGGAUACACCCGAAUGGCGCAUGUUAGAUUCAGUGGACCGCGAGCGGGAGUACUUUGAGGACUUUACGUAUCGCGCCACGAAAGUCAUUCAGAAGUAA